GCUCGUGUUCACUGGCGCCCCCACAGUCGCUGGUCAGCGAGAAGGAAACGUCGAAACUUCGUGCGUUAGCAGCACAAGGCCGUCGUUGUGCGUGCAGUGAGAGCUGUAUCCGCGCCGAGCCACCGAUAUAUACGCGCUAGCAUUCGUGGUCACCGACGCACGGCGUGCUGUUUCCGCUGCGAGACUCCGACAUAGAGGCAAGAGAAAGAGCGUGCGCUCUCUGGCUACCCGACAUUCACCGUGUGAAUUCGCCGACGUAUAGAGAGUACCAGCGUUUACGUUCGUGAUAGUGUUUAAUCGCUGCUGUUUGUAUAUGCUGCUGGUGUGAGAUAAUCUACGGACUGUAUAUCAACGUGCAGGAGCCGAGUUAUCGUGUUAGCAAGACCGUUAUUGCGAAUUACGGGGAAAGUGUUCAGAAUGACCAUGGGCACAAAUUGGCCUGGUGUAUUUACUACAAUUCUGAUCAUCACUUGCCUGCAGGGAGCAGUGUAUGGAGGAAUCGGAGAACCGCCCUACGUCUUCGGCAAGCUGGUGCCCGUGGUGGAGGCGCGCGUCGGAGACACCAAGAAGCUACCGUGUCCCGUCGAAGGCUCGACGCCCUUCAUCACGUGGCAGAAGAACGGGGAGCAGGUGAAUCCGGUCACCUGGGGCAAGCGCUUCAAGAUCAUCCACCAGGGACUGCGCAUCAAGGACAUCGUGCCGGAGGAUGCUGGCCGCUAUCUCUGCAAGGCUGUCAACGGCUUCGGCACGCUGACGAUCAAUGUCACGCUGGCCGUGCUAGGCGAUGAUGAUCGGGACUACAACUACAAGUACAUUCCUCCAACAGAGAACAUGGUCCCAUCAUUGCCUGACACACCCGACAUAUCAGCAGAGGGUGCUAAGCCAGAGUUUACUGAGAGUGGUAGGACGCGGUCUCAGCACGUGAUGCACAAGAUAGGCACCAUCGUGCGGCUAAAGUGCACGGCAAAGGGCAAUCCCCCGCCGGACAUUGUCUGGCUGAAGAAUGACCAGGUGCUGCACCUAAACAAUGAGGACAAGCAGAGUGGUCGGUGGACUCUGGUUUUGGAGAGCAUACAAAUAGAAGAUAGUGGAACUUACACCUGCAGGGUUUCCAACAUCCAUGGUGCCAUCAACGCUACAUACACACUAGAAGUAGUAGAGAGAGUACGGCAGGAGAAGCCACUCAUGACGGGGGAGGAUCCCGUGAAUACCACAGUUGAGUACGGAGGCACUGCCUCCUUCCAGUGCAAGGUGAAGAGUGCCGUGAAACCUCACGUUCAGUGGUUGAAAGAGGUGAAAGAGGGAGAGAACGUCACCUCUACCCUAGAAGUUGGCAAUGACAAAUACAAGGUCCUUCCAGCUGGAGAAAUUCGGCAACUGGAGGAAGACGGACCAUACCUCAACAAACUGGUGAUAAGUGGUGUCACUGAAAAGGACUCGGGGAUGUACAUCUGCCUGGGAGCAAACGAGAAUGGUUAUAGCUUCAAAAGUGCAUUCCUAACAGUGCUAAGCCCGACGCUCUACGAGGAGGGUAUACCACUCGCGCUCAUCAUCGUCAUUCCCGUCGUGCUCGUGCUGCUGUUCGCUGCCGGUCUGCUGGUGUGCCGCUACCGCUGCACCGCAGCACCACCUAGCAGUGCUAAUGUCGCCACGCGGCCGCGCACCCAGCUGCAGCCCCCGAGCAAGACCGUGGCGGGUGCUGAGCGAACAUACUACAGUGAAGUACCGCAGGUUGUCGUGGCGACGCAGCCGAAGGUGCAUCGAAGCCUGCAUCCGCACAAGCAGCAGCAGCACCACUACUACCCGCGCACGUCGCCGCACCCUUACUACAGCGAUCAGAUGUCGCCGCACCCGUACGACAUGCAGUCUCAGCAGUCGCGGCAGAUCUACACCGACUUCUCCACCUAGCAAGCCGACCCGCUGCCGCGAGCGACUUCUGAUACUGCUACGCCGUGCGAAUACGCUGAGGGUUGGUUGAUACGGGUGUUCCUGAGGCGACUGACUGUUAGCGUUUGGAAGGAGCUACGUAUCAGUCAACCUGGCUAGGGUCGCAGGGUGUUGGAGCGACGCGCCACCCCACCGGCGACCUGGCCACCACGCGUCGUUGCUGGACUACUUACUUGCCUCACUUACUUAAAUGCCUGCUCGAUAGCGAGAGUCGUGGAUGGCCAGGCGGGCGGAAUAAGAUUAGUAGUUGAUUCUCAAGUAGCAAUACCCAGGCAUGUUUGUCAUUGCGGGGCCGACCACACUGCAGUCUCUGCCGUCGUCGUUACCUGCUCGACUUGGUGCACUUCAUAGUGUAUUAGUUUUAUCGCAGUUUACGACACGAAGGGUUCAUCGACGCAUCUUUUGUUGUUUUAUGCAAUAUUACUUCUAAAGAUUCGACUUUCUGCCAUCCAUCUCUCCCAACAUACUAUCGUGGCAGAUGCAGGAGUCGUGGUUGGCAAGGAAUUCGAAAGUCUUUGUUUCUGCAUUCAUCUGAAGGAUUUUCUUGAUGAGUAAUUUGAAUGUGGCUGUUCAGGGGAAGCAUGUGAAGGACUGAGCAGGCAACCAGCUUGACCUCUUCCUAAUGCAAACUGUGAUUUCGUGAUGCUUGGACGAUGACUGAAAAUGUUAUUAUGUGUUUGAUCUGCAGACAGAAGAGCAGUCCCAUAGACCAGGAAGUCCAUGUUCGUCUCUUAAGUCACUGACAGCUCUAGAUUAUGGUUGCAUUGAGAAUGUGGGCAUUGUUACAUAUCCUUAGUGUUUGCCGAAAUGAUCAGUUGUACUUGCCAUGGCGAUAUGCAAGGGGCGACCUCUUGUGGAAAGGUUCUGGUCAAACCAGCCAACUGGUCUAUGAGAUUGAAUUCGAACGAACUGAUAAUUUCUAAUAAUUGCAGUCUGUAGUUUUUUUUUUCAUUUAUAAUACUGAAGCGCUCCUUUGUUGGCACGUGUUAGUGCAUGGGGUAAAACUGUCCAGAAGCAGCAGUAUAGAUACAGAAGUCUUUGUACAGAGAUUUUACUAUAAGUAUUAUGUUCAGGAUCGGUGUCAAAUGGCUUUGGUCGUGAGGAGGUUUAAAUGUUACUGUUAAGUUCGCAAGUAUCCAUCUGGAAAGAAAAGUGUCUUACAUGUACCCUGCUGAUACGAGUUAUAUGGCCUGGACCGGCUUUAUGAAAAUAACACACAAAUACAUUGAUGUAUGAAAACCUUUAUUUGACAGCUUUGUCACAACAGUGUGCCUCGUGCGCAUAGACGUGCGGCUCGUAUCAACACGGACUAUGGGAGAUAGUUAUUGGUUUUUUAUGUAUAUUUUCUGUUAGUCGUAGGAGGAGGAUUACUACAAUGGCUACAUAUGGUAUUACUGAUGUACAUGGAUGUCUUUAUUUUUGCGUUAAAUUUCAUUAUGUUAUGUCUUGUAGUAGUGCAUGACACGUGUGUGGGGAAACCCCCGUAACAGUAGAUUUGUGAAGCCAUGUGACAGUGACUCUGAGCAUAUGCAUCACUUUUUGUACAGGCCCUUUUCAAGGGACGGAGGGCAUUAAAUUAAUGCCACCCCUUUUAUAUAUUAUAUCAAAACUAUGCAUUUUGUACAUAUGGUUUUAGGCGGAGACAUGUAAUUUAUUUCUGUGUUCCUUUCGUUGCUGUUGUUAAUGUUGUUGUUCUUGUUGUUGCUGUAGUCGUUGCUGGUGUUUACGUUCAUCGUUGGUGGCGUACGUGCAUGCGUAAUAUUCACGCGUUCACGCGUGUGUCGCGUCACCCCUCGUUGUCUUUUCUAACGUAGCAGCAGCGACCGCGUAUCAUGCAAUCAGGCGCGAGGCCGCGUCGGUCGUGCGUGGGCUGGUGAUUGUCGCGAGAUCGUGUCCCUGCGACAGUUGCCACGCGUGUGGAAGCAACUGAAGCUGGCGCGCAUAUACUCGGUUUUGCGAGCAAACGUGGUUCUUUUAGAAACGGUACGAACACAGGUGAAGCAAGUCGCACUCGCUUCUCUUCUCGGUAAAAGUUCCGAUCCACAAAAUGGUCGGAUUUUCCCGAUACGAGAUCAACCCGUUAUCCAAUGUUCGCCAAAGUAUGCGUGACCAGCGUCGUUGCUUGUAGAACGCUGUAUUGUUGUUUUAUUACAAUCCUGCGCAGUUUUUAAUAGGACUAGAAUUGUAUACGAAUUCAAUCAACAGACCCAUAACAGAAUUCGAUUUAUAGCCCCUUGGCAUCCUUAUAAUAUAUAAUGGGGAGAUCGAAUGUAACAGGCAUACGACAAUUUCACAUAUUAUACACGUAACGGAGCGAUAACAAUCGGAGAUUGUUCUACAUGAAUAAAGAGAAUCAGGUUUUGACGGAAUCCACACACAACUGUUGAGAAACAAGUAGAACGCGUUCCUUCACUAUUACCUCACAUCAUCCACUGCAGUACGCAUGUUGCCAGCAUGCAGAAUCUUGCCUCUCAAUAUUUGGAUGUACAGCACACGCUAACUACCCGAAUGGUAGCAGAACGACGUCGCCGCGUGUUAUAUAGUGUCGGCGCCGUCGUUGGUCUGUCGACUACAUGUCAGUGUGCAUGCAGGUGUGCGUGAUGUGCUUUGGUCCCUUCAUCUUUGUCCGGGGGCGUCGUCGAUGCAUCUGCCGUAAUCGCUCUUCUAUUGCGUUCGUUGCCUGAUGCCAAGGUGCCUUUAUUGCGUAGCUUGUAUGUAGUCAUUGCCUAGGUGCGCUGACUUCUUCAGACGAAGAUGGGCCCUAAUAAGGAUUAGCUUCCUAAAACUAUCGUCUUGUGAAUGCGCGCAAAAAAGGGUUAUGGUGACGCCUUCUAACGGUGUGCUGCAUGACAUUGCUAUUCUACAUCGCAUCGUAGAGUGGUGUACAUCGGGUGCCGUCGUUUCUCUGUGUAGAUCGCUUGGGAAGCAUGUGUGUGUCCUUACAAAAACGACGUUAGAAAAUCGCAUUGGAGGUGGGAUUAUGGCAUAAACAUUAUUUAGCCAUGCGAGAGGACGCGUAGACGUCAAUGAGUUGCCAGUAGUGUGACAUUGACUGUCGACUGUUCCCCUGUACACGUGAAACCAAGCGCCGGGUUGGCAAUACACCGGGUUUUUGCAUCCGACCUCAUCCCUCUAGUCCCUUGCGGAAGGAAGGAUACUAACACUUUAGGCGUCUCGUAUUACUCUGUUUGCUGAUAUGCGACUUCUGUUCGCAGCCAAGGUAGUAGCCAAGCGAUUUAUUGCAUUCGAACACAUGGCCACACGCUAAUGCGUGUUAUGGAAAUACACGUUAUGGUCGUCAAUGUUUAAAAUCGCCGAGAAUUGUACACGCUGUAUAAGUAAGGCCUAGUGUGUACGAUAAUGUGUUGAAACGCUAAAGUGAUGGUAUCCUAUCGAUAUGCAUUGCCACGUGCGUGUCUUUACUCCUCCGCAUUCGCUCUUGCAUAUCCGAAGGGCGUUGACAGAUUGCCAAUAGACUGCUGGUUAGAACUCAUCCGUUUACUUUUAAUUCUAUUGAAAAGAAUGAAAAUGGUUUAUAUCAAUACGAGCUUUUGUGCCUUUACUAAUCAUAUUUCAUCUAUUAGACGUUCUUUUGUUCAAGAAAUCAGAGUGCAAAAUCGUUAAUUGAACAAUAUUUUAAAUUUACGAGUUCUGGUCGUGAGUGUAAAUCAUGUUGCUUUCAUUUGUUUCAUGUGUUGUAAUCAUAUGUACGAACGAAAGAAGUGAUCAAUCAUUUUUGCAUGAAUACAGGGACUAUUUGUAUUACUAAGGAUGUAUACAGAAAUUGCUGCUGUAUAUGGUAUGUGUAAAGAAAGAUGUAGUAUUUAAAGCUACUUGCCCAUCUAACAGACCGUAUGCAAUACUGAGUUGGCCGGGUUAAUAUCAUUUAUCAUUAAUGUGUUUUGUUCACUAAGCGUAAUGAAAUCGUUUAUUCUCGCCCAGACGUGUAUUUUUUGGAGCCCGACCGGUACCGAACCUGCCAUCAUGGGCAUAGAGGUGUAGGAUAGUAGGAAUAUCCUAGUGUUAAGUUUUGUUGUUUAACGUGUAUUACAGGGAACCGCCCGCUAGAAAACGUGUUGAGUAAUCGUUCGGUCUGCUCGGUGGGCAAGUCUGUUUAGUUUUGUGCUGACCAUCAGCAUACUGUAUAAUUAUGUGAAAAUUUGUAUUAUAACAUUUGUCAAAAUAAACGACAUAACUAUA